AUGAAGACCUUGUCCUCGUUACGACCAGCGCAAUGGCAAGGCACAUACUGGAUCUGCUCUCGAUGCUCACUGCUGCAGCAGAGACGGCCUGCUCCUCUUAAGUCUGCUCAAGUGUCGUCCCUUGGAACUGGUAAAUACAAUACCAGACAGGGACCAGUACGAGCGUUUUCAAGUUGCGCAGAAGCGCGAUCUAAGGACACGGCGAACCGACCACGACGGAGAACGCUUCUCCCUCAGACACCGGCACGUACUCGCUUCGCGCCUUCGCCAACAGGCCAUCUGCACAUAGGGGGCUUGCGUACGGCGCUGUUCAGCUACUUGCUCGCGAAGCGCACUGGAGGCCAGCUCUUGUUACGUAUUGAAGACACCGAUCAGAAACGACUAGUCCCUGGAGCCGAAGCUCAAAUCUACAAAGACCUGCAAUGGGCUGGCCUCCAAUGGGACGAGGGUCCUGAGGUCGGCGGGCCCUACGGUCCAUACCGACAGUCCGAGCGGAACGACAUCUAUCGCACUCAUGCGGACGAGGUGUUAGAGCGAGGGGCCGCCUAUCGAUGUUUCUGCCCGCCACUGAAGUCUGGCGACCAAAGGGCAGCAUACGUGACGUCUGGGUGCUACCAGAACUGCUCUUUAUUGGAAUAUUCGAUAUCCAAGAAGCGUGCACAAGAAGGCCAAGAGCCCUUUACCGUCCGAUUACAUCCACCGCCACCUGUCGACAGACGGGACAAGGGCAAGCACACUGUGCCGGAUCUAGUAUAUGGCAAGAUACAGCGUCUCAAACGAUCACCUGCAGCUCCACAAGCCAGCGCGUCCUCCGAAGACGGCGGAGACUCCGGCAUUGAUGCAGCAGACACUGUCUUGGUCAAGUCAGAUGGCACACCCACCUACCACUUCGCGAAUGUGGUCGACGAUCAUCUGAUGAAGAUCACACACGUUAUCCGCGGAGCAGAGUGGAUGGCGAGCACGCCACUGCAUUUCGACAUAUACAACGCCUUUGGCUGGGAGCCACCCGAGUUCGCCCACGUCGGACUCCUAGUCGACGAGAACGAAGCGAAGUUGUCGAAACGCACCCAAGACGGCGUCGCUCUAGAUGUCGCAAGUAUGCGAGACAAGUACGACGUCCUGCCAGAGCCGCUGGUGAACUUCCUGGCAUUGCUUGGCUGGAGCAACCCCACUAGGGACGAUGUGAUGGACAUGGAGGCGCUCAUCUCGAAUUUCGACCUCAAGUUUACCAGAGGCAAUACGAUGGUGAAGAUGGACAAGCUCUGGUACUUACAGAAGAACCACGUCCGACCGAUGCUGGAUCGUGCAAACGAGACGAACGACUUCGCGCCGAUCAUGCAUAUCGUCAGCAAGAUUGCCAACGAGGUCGCGGCGAUAUAUGACGAUCCCAUUAUCAACGGUCAGAGUACGUUCAAAGAGCAAAAGACAUUACUGCCGGACCGCCUGCACGCCUACUGCGCCGACAUCCUGCUCGCCGAUCGGAACAACUAUGCCACUCCCAAAGCCUGGGUGGACCAGCAUACCUACUUCUUCGAAUGGGACGAAGCCAAAGUCCCGGAGAUUGGCGAUAAAAUGAGGAGCAGCCCCGGACACCACGUCUUCCCGACCAACACCUUCAAGGCCCUAGCAAACGCCAUACUCGACGACAUCCCCUGGGACGCCAACGACAUCCCAACUUUAACGCUGGGCCCUUCGAAUCCUUCCGAACGAGCCAUCGCAGCGCUCGUCUCCCGCAUCAACAACAUCGUCGCCAAGCACACCUGGGCGCUCGUGCUCACGCAGAUGCAGCACGAGCUCCCCCUGGCAGGAGAUCAGAACAGCGGGGAUAUCGCUCCUCCAUUGCCACCACAUCCGAUCGCAGACUCCAAAAUCCCAGCCUGGCUCCACCGCCCAUCCCUCGAUGCCGAAGACUUUAAGCCCGAAAAUCUGGCCCCGCAUUUCGCCACUACGGAGGAGCAUGGAGUGAUUGCAGAGUUGGCGGAAACGCUGAAAUGGUGGCAUAAACUUCUCAAUCCGCUGGUGCACAGGUACUUGCGCACGCGGUUGGCGUAUGGGAUGCCUGGGCCGAGCGUGGGGUGGGUGAUGGGGUUGCUGGGGAGGGAGGAGUGUUUGCGGCGGUUGGGGUCGUAG